AUGGCAAACAAGGGACAAACAGCCGAUGUGGCUGCUGCGAACUUCAUCGACUCGUUAACACCGCCAUCGUCAGCGAGCGAACGGCCUCGCUCAUCGGGCACCAGUCUUCAUGAUCAUUCCAGCGAUCUUGCUCUGAUGAUGCAAACAGCUAGCCUGUACGCCGGUACCAUCCCGCUCUCGGGAAAGCAGCCUGUCGCGCCCGCGGAUUCAGUCCGGGCGUCGGUGAGCCAUCUACUGUCGCGGGCGUGCGCUGUGCCGUGCAAGAAGGCUGCGGAGGCGUUCACUGAGCUCGUACAGCCGCUCUCGCGGUUCCCGCUAUGUCUUGAAAUGUUAUGGCCGCUCCUGAACAGUCAUGCACCACCUGCGCAACGGAUACUUGCCUCUUAUAUAUUGUACUCACUAUAUGCACCGCAUCCAUUUAUUCUUAAUCCGUUCAAGGGCGUCUUGUUCGCGGCUUUCUGCAGGGAGCGCGAGCUUGCGAGACAGGUCGCGAACGCGGGAGGUAUCAGCGAAAACGAGCAGCUCGUCUGGGUGCUAUGGAAGAUCUUAAAGGGUGAUGGGCAGGAUAUCGAUCCGUUUUCUCCAAGCACUCUAGCACGAUCGCCCUUGCCGCCACAGCUCAGAGCAACGAAUCUGUAUCUCGAUGAAGAGACACGUCCCAAGUUCGAUCCCUUCGGAGAUUCAGCUUCGGACAAUACGGGGCCCACGCCAGCGGAUGUGACGUCAUCGACCCAGGCUGCGCCGGACGUGGCCGUCUCCAGGGAGCGAGAAGAAGAAACGAAGAAGCUCUCCGAUGCAAUGACAUUGCUGUUGGCCGCGCGCAACCGCGUUUUGACCAUUUCAGAACAACGCAUGUUGAUCCCCCUCAUUCCGCAACUGACGUCUCCGCCGGUCAUCACUUCGGUUGACCUCCUCUCCGUAAUAAUGAACAACCCGACGCUGGCCCAGCCUCUCUUGACGGCGCUCCUGGCUCUGCCUCCGUCAUCCACUAACGGCUAUGGUCCUGGUAUUUAUCUGGACGUAUUGCAGCACCUCCCGCCGACCUUACCCUCCUUCGAUCUGCUCGGGCGGCUUCUCCGUGAUCCCACUGCUGUGCCCGAUGUCACUACUGGCGGGACGACGACGAUUGCCGACCUUGUUCGAACAGAGGUACUGGGCUGGUUCAUCCACGAGUGCAUCGUUUGGCUUGAUAAGGCCGAGCAAGAAGAGCGCGAGGGUGCCAUUAGCGAUGACCGCUUCGCGAAGGGCGUUCAACACCUUUGCCGCUUCUACAGCUCCUUGAUCAAGCACUCGAUCGUCGAUACCGGGUCGGAUGCGGACUCGGCGGAGAUGGCGCACUUCGCGCUGCGCAACUCGCGCUUCGAGGACGCGACCGCCCUGUAUCGCGUGCUCGCGCUAGGCAAGUUCUGA